AUGCAAUACUGUCCUCUUCCCUCCGUCUCCUCCUUCGCCCGUCCUCUUACAGGCCGCACCGUCCUCCUCACAGGGGGUAACGUCGGCCUCGGCUUCGAAGCGGCCAAGCAUCUCGCCUCUCUCGGUCCAGAAAGACUCAUCAUCACCUCGCGCAACGCCGCCCGCGGGGCAGAAGCAGUCAAGGCUAUCCAAGCUGCCGGGAAGGGCAAAGUGGGGAGCGUCGAAUGCUGGGAGAUCGACCAAGCCCAGUUUGGGAGCGUCACUGCUUUCGCAGACCGAUGGGCGAAGGAAGUGGGGAAACUCGACUUGUUGGUGCUUAAUGCCGGUGUUGCGCAGCUCGAGUAUGCGCAGUCGCAAGACGGACUCGAGCUCAUGCUCCAGGUUAAUCAUCUCGCUCCUGCCCUCCUCACUUUCCGCAUGCUCCCCUUCCUGAGCAAGGCGAGCCCCGACCCACCAACACCAAGGAUCGUCAUCGUCAACUCCGGGACGCAUCACUGGGUCCCGGGUGUGCAGGAGGUGGACGAAGCGGGCGAUGGGUGGCUCAAGCUGCUCGCGAGUAAGAAAUACUGCCAGACGGAGAAGGGGAUGAUGAUGCGGUAUCCCCUCACCAAACUGUUCAACGUCAUGUUCGCCAAGUCCCUCUCGGAGCAUAUACCCGCCUCCAACCCGCUCAUAGCAAACAGCGUCAACCCCGGGUUCUGUCGCUCCUCCCUAGGGCGGAACGUCCGUUCCUGGCGGUUCUGGUUCUACACGCAGCUCGUAGCGCGCACUACGGAGGUGGGCAGUCGCACGCUCGUGCAUGCUGCGGUUGGGAAGGACUUGGAUGAUAUGUAUGGCGAGUAUGUCGAGAGCUGCUUUGUGAGCUCGCCGAGUGCUCUGGUGAGGAGCAGGAGGGGGAAGAUGAUCCGCGAUAAGCUUUGGGCGCAGACGAUUGAACUCCUUUCAGAGGUCGAUCCGGAAGUGCCGAGGAUCAUCAAGCAGUAUCUCGAGUGA